GAAUUUUUAUCACAGCGCGGGAAUGUUUGUCGCCGAAUUGAUGAUUUUAACUAUUCAUUUCAAAUAAAACAACACUCAUCUCUCUUGAAGGUCUUUGAAUGAUUGUUUCUCAUUUUUCCUAUUUUAAUUAAUUAAUUAAUUAAUCAAACAUUUUCAAUUGAACAGUUUGUACUUUACUUUUUAACAACAAUAAUCUUACACACGAUCAAAAAUAAUGAAUACAUGGUCUGCUACACAGAAUCCUUAUCGUAAUCCAUUAUUAAGACAUUUGUCGGAGGCGUUGAUUUCCACGACAAAUGAAUUGGACAAUGUUUCGACAAAUACAACUAUUCAUAAUGACAAGAACGAUGGUAUGUCAUCUCGUCCUGACAUGAAAUUGAGCAUCCAACAAAUGUUCAGUGAAGAGAAGUCACUUCAAACUGGGGCAAGACUCACAACAAGUCCGUCAACGUUUACGCCAGGACGACCAUGUUUAGCUGGCACUCAAACAUUGAAGCAUCAGUUGACUAAAAAUAAGGAAACUAAUCUAGACAUGACUAAUACAAGUAUUCUUAGUAUGAAUGCAUGUGAUUUUACACAGGACUCUAGCGGACUAGGAUCUAUGAUUGCUGAUCAUUGUAAUACAAGUUAUUUCAAGGAUGAAGAUCGGCCUGAUUCUCGUUUACACUGGCCAAAUCAUAGUCUGAUAACUUUAGAUGAGGAUACAAGUGAUAUGAGUUUAGAUAAGAGUGAUGAUUACCUAAAUGUGUCAUGUGAUACCAAUAAGAACAGAGAAGUUCCAGUCAUGAAGACAGAAUAUCCACAGUUGGGAUGUCAAGUGAAAACAACCGACUUGCAGACGCCAACUUCACCACCGUCUUCUAGUGAAGGCAAAUCGAUUCUUCAAUAUGGUUCCAGUGAUGAAUUUGAUUAUGAUACAAUGGUUGCUCAGACACGAAUGAUUGCCAGCCGUGAUUUUCAGAGUAUAGAUGAGAAUUUCGCUUCGGUGGCACGUUAUGUUGAAGAAUUGACAGGUUGUGGUGAAUCCACAACCAAAGCGACUCACACAAAAGAUAGUCAAUUUGUGAAGUGUUCACCGACUAGUAAACCGACAACGCCAAACAAAUCGCAAUAUCAUCAAUAUCAGAAUCAUUACCAAAACCAACCACCACCAUCACAACAGCAACAUGUAGCGCAGUCGAUGAGUAGUUCAUCAUCUGCUAGUUCCGCUCGUAAUCAACAAGAUUAUCAACUGUUGAAAUUGCAACAAUUACAACAACUCUAUCAAAAACUUAUUUCUUUGGCAUCAAUGAAAAAUCUCAAAGUGGAUGAUAAAAGUUCCACUGAAUCGUUAACUCAAGAUUUACUUUUACGUCUUUUGACAAAUCAAAACAUUAAUGAUACUCUACUCAACAAUCUUUUACCAUCGAUGGAGACAACAUUGGAAAAGAAUAAUCGACGGCCUACAUCCACUGUUAGUGGUCAGAAUUAUAAACAAUUCAGCAUCGCAUCGAAUCAAUUGCCUAGAAAUAAUCGUAGAACUACUGUACGCAGUGAGCUAACCACCUAUGAUGAAUGCCUUCUUCGUAGUAUCUUGUCUAAUACACCACAGUGCGCAAUGCAAACUAAUUCAACUGGGAUUCAUUCUAUGAAUAAUAUACAAGGAGGACAUCAAAAUAAUGACAGUUUACUAGCUAAUAUCCAUGAUAAACGACCCAGCUCCUUGUUAUCAUCAAAUUGUAAUCAGUUAGUGAAUUUAAUGACACAAAUGGAUAGUAAUAUGGUGAAAGGCAAUUUACUUUCUCAAGCAACAACUAUUAAUACAAAUUCUGUGGUGUCAUUAUUAGCUAGUCUAUUAAAUGCCGCCGCCACACAGUCUCAAACGAAUCCAUCUGUUUUGAAUCAGACAAAUUGUACACCACAAGAACAACAUAAUACACUUUAUAGUCUUUUAGCUAAUCAAUUGUCGAGUUUUCAGUCGAAUUCUACACUGAACCACAACAAUAGCAAUAAUAAUAAUAAUAGUAAUAAUAAUCAUCCCACAAACAUUACACAACUACUUCAUGAACGUGUAUCAAUGGAUCGUGAAACCAAAUUGUUCAACUCUACACCAUCGCCAACUUCAUCGUUACAACAACGUCGUCAGUAUACAUUAUCAUCGGAUAGUGGUAGUUUGACAGAGGAAUUGUCGCAAUUGGCAUUGCCUUAUCAACAACUGAUGAGUUCAUUUGAGAAUGAUAUUGAUAAAGCAGCGAAUGUUUAUCGGAAUUCUGCAAGUACAGUGGCUCAGACAAGUGAAGCAGCUUAUCAUUGGUCAGGAAAAUUGCCUAUUCGAGUGCAUCGAUCAAUGACAUUCUCUAGAAAAGUAUUUCUUGGUGGUGUUCCAUGGGAUAGUACCAGUGAAGAAUUAGUUAGAGCUUUUUCUCGAUUUGGCAAUGUAAGUGUUUGUUGGCCACAAAAAGAGGGCGCGAAUUGUGGUAAUGCAAAUUUGAAAGCUUCAUCAACUAAAGGUUACUGUUAUCUGAUAUUUGAACAUGAGGUGUCUGUGUCCGAAUUACUCGGGAAUUGUGUUCAUAAUCCGACAACAGGUGGUGAAUAUUUCAAAAUAUCAAGUCCGAAAUUUAUAUCCAAAGAUGUACAAGUUAUACCAUGGGUUAUUAGUGAUAGUCAAUACACAAAAUCAACUCCUAGCUCUUCGGAUAUCAAGAGAACUGUGUUUGUUGGAGCGCUUCAUGCAUUGAUUACAGCAGAAACAUUGGUAACAAUUAUGAAUGAUUUAUUUGGCAAUGUAAUAUUUGCUGCUUUGGAUACAGAUAAGUACAAAUAUCCAAUAGGUUCUGGCAGAGUGAUUUUCUCUAGUCAUAAAAGUUACAUGAAAGCGAUCACAGCGAAUUUUGUAGAUAUUCGUACAUCGAAAUUCAUUAAAACCAUUCAAAUUGAUCCGUAUUUAGAAGAUGCCAUAUGUAAUAGUUGUCUUGCUUAUCCUGGCAUGUACUUUUGCCGAGCAUUUGAAUGUUUCAAUUAUUUCUGUCCAGCAUGUUGGCAUAUAUGGCAUAAUUCCACAGAGACAUUGUAUACACAUAAACCGCUGAGGAGGACAUUCAAGCCGAAUAUUGAUCGUCAAUGGCCAGCACCGGGUGUGACUGCAACGACAACUACUACUACUACGUUGAGCAGCGUGUCAACAGUGACAACCGCAACCACAGCGACGUCAAGUAGAUUUUAGUGAGCCCGUACGCCUAGAGGCUAAUGAUCACUGAUUGUAAUCGUCCGCUUUAAUCUUUAUUCGUUUUUAUAUGCAUACACCCUCACACACACACACAAAUAAACAGUUUAGUCCUGUUUUCUUACUGCAGUUGUUUCACUUCCCCGUCCCGUCCCGUCCCCUUCCAUCACCGGUUUUGUCGAUAAACGCGCUUUAUACACUUGUGUACUUCUCGUUUCUUAUCUCUAUCUCUAAUAAUAAUAGUAAUAAUAAUAAUAAAAAUACGCCGAUUUAAUAUUCUUAAUUUUUUUUUAAAAAAAACAGGUUUUAGUGUGACCAUUUUGAGACAAAGUGACUGAUAAUAAUACUAUUUCAAGUAUACUUGCUUUUUUUGGUUGUGAGUGACCAUUAUUAACAUUCUUAUUAUUACUGAUAAUAAUUAUAAUCAUAGUUGUCUUCUAAUAUUCCAUAUUGUAGUCUUUAUAGUUUUUAAAAUGACCGGGUUUGUUUUUUUGGUGGAAUUUUUAAUAUAUCUCUAUCUAUCAAUAUCUAUGUACCGAAAUGCUCAAUGUUCAGUUGGGUUUUUCGCGCGGUUUUCAAAUUUUUUUAAAAAUAAACAAUUAUAUCAUUCUAUCAAAGCAUUGCUGAUGGUAAUAUUGAAAAGUAAAUGCUCGGUUUUGUUUAAAUAAAAUAAAAAACAUGUUUUUAAUG